AUGAAGCUCAUCACAGAGAGUAUUAUUAUGCCUGUCAGGAGCAGAACAGGGUCUUGCAAACAGGCUUUAAAGUCCGUCUUGCUUUAUCUCUGGGAUGUUUACUCUGCACCUACACCUGCCGGCAGAGACGUCCUGACUCUACUGUCUCUCUGUUUCACGCUCGCUGUAAUCACUGGCGGCCUGCUUCAUCACUGGCUGUCAAAGACUCUGAAGUACGACCAUGACGCGUCCAUCCAGACCGCCUGCAUCUACAGUGUGGCCAUGUUUCUGGUGUCGUUUCUGUGCCACCCUCUGCGCUGCGUGCUGACCAUGAUUCUUCCAACCGUCUGCACCAAACAGGGCCGCAAACUCCUCAUCACAGCCUCUGUCAUGAUUCUGGUUUUGAACAUCAUCCCUAAUAUUUCAGUGAACGUCGGUGCGGUGGCUCGCAUCCUGAAAUGCACCGCCGAGGGUUUCACAAAGACUUUAUUAAACUCAUCUGAACCUUUGAACAAAGCAAAGACAGACCUUGUUGAGGAAACCAUCAGAGUGAGGCGGGAGGACUUGAGCAUUGUCACUAACUUGAGGAAGUUGGAUCAUUUCACACAUGUUGAUGUGUCAGAAGUCAAAGGCAGGUUUACUAAGAUGAUUGGGCAGAUAGAGGUCAACUUCUCUCACGCCAGGAACCUGCUGAAAGAAUACAAACUGCUGUCAAACCGGAUCUUCGCUGCCAUUUUUGUUGCUUUAUUAAUCUUUGAAUCUGCACGCUAUUUAAAAUCUUAUCUGGCAUCAGUUCAGUUUGAUAAUAAUGGUUACAUCUCCAAAGAGCUCCUGCAAAAAGCUGCUAAAAGCAAAUCUUGCCGCACAAGCUGCAAAAUAACAAGUCAGGAGUGUACCUCCUGUUUCUUUUCCCUGGUUGUGGUAACGUUAUAUUUCAUUGUUAUAGGUUUAAUAGUAGCUUUGGAUCAUGUUGUGUAUCAUAUAGUUCAGGCGAUUAUGCCGUGGAUACUGGAUUUUCCACCCACAUCUGCCAGCAUAAAUAUCAAUUACAAGGUUCUGUGGUUCCCCCCUGCUUUUUGUAUCAUCCCACAAUCCUGCAUCACGCGGGAGCUCACAAACUUCCACAGGGAGUACAAGUGGACUUUCGAUCCCGAGCCAACGAUGUGUGAUGUGACGACUUCGGCUCCGAACCUGGGAGUCACACUCCUUCUGGGAUGUCUCUGGCUGAUGAGCUACUCUCUGGUGUUCUUCGAGGUUUACGCUAGACGACUGCGCAGGAAAAUCUCUGCAUCCUUUUUCAGAGAGCAGGAGAAGGAGAGGGUGGCUUACUUGAUGAAGAAAGUACAAGUGAAGCAGAAUAAAAGAGAGCAGAAAGAGACUAUUUAUGUUUAG